AUGACGGAACUCUGGCUCAGCUACCACCAGGCGUCGCGCGGGCACCAGCAGCCAACGUCGCAGCUCGUCGAGCUCGACACAAAGGCGCAGCGGCUGCAUGACCUCGAGGACGUGCUCGAGUACGUCUUCCAGCACGGCUUCCUCGACCACAAGCUCCGCCCGCUCUCGUGGUGGGAGAAGGGCGACGGCGAGAAGGUGAAGAACAGCAUCUGCGUCGACGAGCUGCUCCGGCAGGGCGUCGGCAGGUGCCAGCAGACUGCAAUGCGGCUCGUCAUCGCCGACGUCCCGUCCGCGCUAUGGAUGAGCUACCAGUACACCGUCGCGGUCGGCACGCCCACCGUGACGCAGCGCAUCAAGCUCGAGACGCUCCACUCCGUCCAGUGCGGCGUACGCCCCAAAAUGGCACACGUCACGAACUUCAUCUUCGACAAGGGCUUCCUCGCCUCGCACCUGCGGCCGCGCGUGCACUGGGAGGGUGUCUCCGGCAAGGACAUCGACGAGCACAUCGACCUGUUCGAGCUGCUCACCUCGGGUGAGGGUGUAUGCGAGGAGAGGCCUCUUAGGCUUGUAAUCGAUAACGCGUUUCGUCAUGACCACCGCCGUCACCGCUGA